CUGGAGCAGGUGACUAGGAGUGCCAAACAAGCCCGAUAAGAUAAGACUGGUACCACUCGAUCGAUGGCGGCCGACACAGCUUCCUCGCAACGGCGACUAUGACCCGACUACUUUCGUCAUCGCUGCGCAGAACGACCUCGAAACCUGCCAAUACACCACACUCUCUCGCUGUCUCAAGGUACAGGGGGCACACGUGGCACAAUUGUCCGACGGGUGCUCUCCAACGUGUAUGCCACAGAACAGUUCAGACUACAUCUCCCUCGCACCCGAAAGCAUACUCUACAGCAACCGCUCCAGAUAUACUAGACAAAUACCGCUCCCUGGUUUCUGCAGGACAAAUUCAAUGGGACGACGAGCAAAUUCGUGUCAUCAUGCAGCUCAGGAGGGUACAGAAAGAGCUGCUGGACUACUCACCCGCGAUCGUUGCGCCGCAUCUGCUUGACCCAGCGAGCGCCGGAUCAUCGGGGUGGUGGCAACGAGACGGAAACUCUGCCGAGAGUCGCCAGACGCGGGGAUCCGAGUCAAUAGACAGAUCGCUCGUCCUCCUCAAGAGUGUUUCCGAAGAACUGGCUGACCUGAAGACGCCCAAGGGAAUCCUGUUGACUGGUCCGCCCGGCUCGGGAAAGAGCUUCCUCAUCGACCUGUGGCUCUCGUGCAUCCCGACCCCUUACAAGACGCGCAAACAUUACCAACAACUCGUUCUCGAGAUAUACCGCGGAGUCUGGGAAGAAACCCGGCACCGCAUGGCUGCGGCUCCAUCCCGCGUCGCUCCCGACUACCCGGAUGCCGAUGCCGAACCAUGGACACCCUCAGUCCGAGAAAAAUGGCGGAAUCUCGUCAAGUCCGGGAGCUUGCCCCAAUUCUGGCGCCGAAAAGCGGGCCAAACCGGAUCCCAUGCCUCAGACCCUCCGAUAGCGUUCAACGUGGCGCAGCGGCUGCUGCUGCGCCACUGGCUGCUCGUCUUCGACGAAGUGCAGCUGCUCGACAUAUCCAGCGCCACGCUCCUGGCGGACGUGCUAUCGUGGUACUGGCGCAUGGGCGGUGUGAUCGUGGGCACGUCGAACAAGGUGCCGGAUGAUAUAUACAGGCACGGCGUGCAGCGGGAGAGGCUGGAGCCGUUUGUCGAGGCGCUCAAAGCGCGGUGUCCGGUGCUUGAGAUGCGAUCCGAGCGGGACUGGAGGCAGAGAGCGUGUGGGGCGGACGACUCGGAGCGGAGCUGGUUUGUGGGUGGCCAGGAGCGUCAGUUUAACCAAGUGGUCAGUUCCUUGUGUGACGCCGAUCCCCAAACAGAAGUCAAUAAAACACCACUGACUGUCUUUGGGAGAAACCUCGACAUUCCGUGGUCCUCAGGCGGAGUCGCCCAAUUUACGUUCAACGAGCUAUGCGACGAGUCUCUCGGACCUGCGGACUACCUCACCCUCGCCGCCCGUUUCCACACCCUCGCGAUCUCCGACAUCCCCAUCCUCACGCUCGCCGCGAAAAACCAAGCGCGGCGCUUCAUCUCCCUCGUCGACGCGCUGUACGAAGCCCGGUGCCGGCUCGUGUGUCUCGCGGACGCGCGGCCCGAGGGGAUCUUCUUCCCCGACGCACGGGCGCGGGCAGCGCCGGCGGGCGACCUGGAUGUGAUGCUGGCCGAGUCGUUCACGCACGCGCAGGAGAGCUACCGGCCGAACGUUGCGGCGUACGAUGCACCCAAGAUGCAGCAGGAGCUGGCGCAUGCGCAGCCGCUGGCGCUGGACUCUCUGUCCCUAUUCUCGGGCCAGGAAGAGCAGUUCGCUUACAAGCGCGCGCUGUCGCGGUUGAUCGAGAUGACGGGUCCCGAGUACGCUCGCACAGCCGAGUGGACUCCUUUGCAGGACCCGGAUCGCACCUGGGAGAAGAACCUCCAGAAGGAUCCCGGACACCGGCUUCCAUCUGGGACCUCGGCCGGUGAAUCACCAACGGAGGAUGAUUUGAGACCGGCUGCGCCCAAGCUCAAAGAGGACCAUGUUUGGGGUGUCAGAGACGACUGGGGAGAUUCCGCGAAAGAUUGGGGACGCGGCGCGAAGAUAUAUGAAAAGCCGUGAGUGAGCUGUCGCCCCAUGACUUUUGGUGGAAAGGGUGUGAGCACUCGCGCACAGUUUUAAGUUUAUCGCUCUGGGAGUUGCUUACGUAGAUCGUUUGAACAGAGGGGUCACGUGCUUACCAUAGCUGCCUGUGACGUCGGCCGUGACAUCGGCAAUUUCGAAAGUUGGCAACCAAUAUCUAGCGGUGAACCCCAUCCUAGGCUAAUCUCACGCAACGCAAAGCAUCUCCGUAACUCGUGGCAUCCACUCAAAUCCAAUGACACAUUCAUGUUUCCCGUGAUCCAUCGUGGCACACGUGAGACUUGGGGGUAUUCGGGAGGGAACCAGGUGCUCAAUGAGAUGACGAGGACGUCGAACGGAUUUUCAUUCAGCACGGCCGAGGCACCAAUUCCUGGACUUCAUAUUAGGGGGAAUGAGUGCUACAUAGCAGUCGACGACGGGGCUUGCCCCGGCCACCUCGCAGCGAAGCGCUAAUACUUGCCUCGCCCUCACGCCACACAAACGCGUGCCAAUCCCAAUUUCGUCCGUAACCAGUCGCAAAAACCGAGCGUUUACUGGAUGCCGUGCCGAUGCGUCACAGCCGCAGAGACCCACGGCGGCCCCCUCCUUGCUUUCCCCCUCCCACCCGUCUCCGCGAAUCAGAACCUACUGCAAUGCAAGUCUCAGUCUCCCCUGGCGUGGGCUACCACGAUGAUUCGGACACCGAUUCGACGCCGAUGCUGCACGCGAGGGAGAUGUUCUGGUAUGCGAAUCGCGAGUGGCUCCGGGAGCAAGGAUACGUGCUGCGCGCUCGACUGCAGGAGGAGUGGAGUCCGACGUACGGGUGGCAGGGCGCAGCCAGCGACUCCGAGGAUGCGUACAUUUGGCCGCAAGACAACAUCAUGGAUGCGACUCGUGCCGUCGACGGCGCGUUCGUGUUGAUGAAACGCAUCGCGCGCGCCCGCGACGCGCAAGAGCUCGAGAUCGCGACGUGGCUGGCGGAACACGACCGGGCUCAUUAUUGCGUGCCCAUUUUGCGGGUCCUGGCCCGAGAGCGGGAGCCGGAUUGGGUCAUCCUGGUCAUGCCGCUGCUUCGUGAGUACGACUCGCCGAGGCUCCAGACGGUCGGAGAGGCGGUCGAGUUCUUCCGGCAGAUGUUUCUGGGCAUUGGAUUUCUCCACGAAAACAACAUCGUCCAUGGGGACUGCUCGAGCAAGAAUAUACUGAUGGAUGGCGGGCCGUUGUAUGCUGCCCCGUGGCAUCCCAUCCGGCAGGAUUUCCGACGUGACUGGACGGGCAAAGCGUCCCACUCAACGCGCACUCGGCACCCCGUGCGAUACCACUGGAUCGACUUCAGCAGCUCGCGCCGACUCCUCUCUGAUGAGGGAGAUACAAGCGGGGAUCGCGCCGCGGCAAAGUUCAAAGCCGACGUGUACCGUCUCGGCAAGUCGAUCGAGGAGGACUUUCUCGUGGGAACCGAAUACAAGCGCCCCAAACGCGGCUUGGAUUUCAUGCGGCCGCUGGUAGCCGCGAUGACGCACCCGGAUCCCGCGCGCCGCCCGACAAUGGAUGAAUGCAUGCGACAUCUCGAGGAGCUCGUGAGGGGGUUGGGCUCCUGCAGACUCCGGUCCCGGCUGGCGGAACGGGGAGAUCUUCCCUUGGUCCACGCUGUUCCGCACUGGGUGCGCCAUGUGCUGUUCGUGCUGAAGAGGCUGCCUCCAAUUCCUGUUCCGUCCUGAGAGUCUCGGAUGAUUUUCGACUCGGGAAAUCUCUCGCAGCUUCUCGAGAAGCGAAUAUGCACAAUAUAAUAUUGCACUUGUGAUUCUGAUUGCAUUCAACCGUGAGAAUUAUCCUGUGACCUCGCUGUCGAGGAAGAAUUUGGAAAAAUCACAAUUCGUCUACGUCUGGUGAAUUGCACAGCCCAGCCUGAUCCCACGCAGACUCGAACGCGCCCCUGGAGGUAUCUUUUCAUGACACCUAUUGCGCACAGGGCAUACCAUUCCUCCAUUAAAAAAAAUCCAGUUCAAGAUGAAUCCGGUUGAGAUCCACCUAACGUAAAA